CCGCCGAGGCGCUUCCCGCGCCGCCCGCCGGGACUCGUAGUCCCCGCAGAGGCUUCUGGGAGCUGUAGUUGGCGGGCUGCGCCGGCGCGCCGCUCCCCUCCGCCAGUCCGUCCGGCCCUCGGUCUGUCUGCGGGGCGAUGGCCGUCCGCUCCCUGCGGCGCUUCGGGACCGGCCUUUCCCUCGGCGGCGCGGCGCGGCGCGGCAGUUUUUAUUUCAGGGCAUCCUCCUGUGUUUUCAGCACUGCAGCUCAGCAGAGAAGUACAGGAGACGAGUGUGGCCCAGAAGAUCCACGUGAUGAGCCCAAGCAUCCCCUUUCUGACUGUGCCUUAGAGCACAAAGCCAUCAAAUUGGAAGAACAAGUCCGGGAUCUAACUGAGCGAUACCGGAAGGCCUUGGCAGAUUCUGAGAACGUCCGGAGGAGAACGCAGAAGUUUGUGGAAGAUGCCAAGCUCUUUGGGAUCCAGAGUUUCUGCAGGGACCUUGUGGAGGUAGCUGAUAUCUUGGAGAAGACCGCCGAGAGCGCCGCGGAAGACGCAGAACCCAGCAAUCCAAAUCCAACCCUGAAGAAAAUCUACGAAGGCCUCUCUCUCAUAGAGGCCAAACUGCACAGCGUGUUCGCCAAGCACGGCCUCCAGAAGAUGAACCCUGUUGGCGGCAAAUACGACCCCUACGACCACGAAAUAGUCUGCCACGUACCGGCCGAGGGGCUGCAGCCAGGCACCAUCGCCCUGGUGACUCAGGAUGGUUAUAAACUCCACGGUCGCACUAUCCGGCACGCGCUGGUCGGCGUGGCGGUGGAGUCACAGGAGUGACCCGGGCUUAGCCGUGGGCAUCUGGGACCUUGCUGAGCUGAGGACCCCUCAGCGCUCAGUCACAGCUGCAGCUGCAUGUCUUUACUUAUUUAUUGAGCGGGGUUUGUAUUGUGUGUUGGCUUUACACUGUGUGCAGUCGUUUUGCCCCGAGUCCCAAGGUACUUGUGUAUUUAAUAACCCUCUUUGAGGUGUGUGGAGUAGCACCAGGAGCCUGCUGGUAGUCCGAAACGUGGCGCUGUAGCCCCUUUUCCGCUGCUCAUUUCCCCGUUAAUGGUUUAUGGGGAAGAGGGGACAUAGGGGAAAGAAAGGGAAAUCUCCAAGAGCUAGGGAGUCUUGUCUCCUGCUUCCAUUUCUGAGACAGUCUCCUGCAGUGGCCUUCGGGAAAGUAUCUUCUCCAACUCAGUUUCCAUAUGUGUAGUAAAGGAGUAGAAUAAUACUGACCUACCUCACAGGAAUGUGGUGAGGCUUUUUCUUUGCAAAGCACAGAGAGAGGAAAAGCCCAAAGAGCUGACUGUUAUUAUCAGGCUGGUUUUGGUGUCUUCCCUUGUCCCCAGACUCCUAAGGUGGGGCUGAAUAUGAUCACUUGAAAUGACAUUCAGAGGCAGCUUUUUCUUGUGUCACUUCAGGAAAACAAUCCUGAAUUGAUGACAUCUCUGUUGUACUACAGUUGAGUAAGGAUGACAUUUUAAAGACAAUUCAGUUGUUAGGCCAAGGCUAACAUGUUCAUGUUUGUUCUUCAGGUAAAAUUUCAGCUUUCCUCAUUCCUUGGUGGAGUCAGAAAAUGGCUCUCAAAUCUUCUUUUCUUUUUCCCCAGCCAAAAAGUAUAUUUUUGAGGAGAGUAAUUUCUCUGCCCUGAUGGGUAUUUGUGCAGCUUUCAAGCAUGAUAAACUAUACACUCUUUGUUGCAGCUGCUGGCAAAAUGGAGAUGUGCCCUUCAGCAAGAAAUCUGGACUGUUCUGUUUUCUCAGCUCUCCAAUAAUGAUACUCAAAUAACACUCAGAUAACUUACAGUUCACAUUCAGAUUCUACUUUUGCGCAGUCGUAGUAAGUAUUAAACCUUUUGGGUUUUGACACAAGGAGAAAAAUCUCUUCUACUAAAAGUCUCAAGUGCCCUUGAACCAAUUUUAGCAGCAGUGUCAAGAAAGCAAGAGAAGCAGAAGGCUGAGGAGGUGAAAGCUGACUUCAAGCCACCCUCUUCGUUGGAGGCAUGUUGUUGUCACAGCAUGGCAGAUGUCUUUCCCAGUGGCCCUUUUGCCUGGGAGUCCAUUUAUCUCAGCUGAAAGGAUGCAGUCCCUGAGUAAGAUCAGAAUUUAACUCUUGGCAGAGCAGCAAGCAGUCUAAUGACAGAAGAGUUGUGUAAACCAUCCUGUGGUCUGCACCACACAAAGCCAAGGCAGGAAUGGUGGUUUUCAGGUUGUUUCUUACAGAUUCGUUAAUUUCUGCCUUUCUACUUUCUGAAACUGGAUCCACAGCCUGACAGUUACUUCAGAUCCACUUGCAAAAACUUUUUACUUGUGAUGGAUGUCAUCAGUGGUUUGGAGGAAAGCUUGUUCUCCUCCCAUUCCUUUGCAGGCUUCAGUUGCAUAAUCCUUUUGUGGUGGACUUCAAGAUUACCGCAGCCUUCGAUUAGCAGCUAUGGAGAGUUUCACCUGGGGAGACUCUGUGCAGCUAGUUGGCUAUCAUUACAGGAACUUAAGGAAGAUGCACAUUUCUAAUAUGCUCUGUGCAAGCUGCUUUAGUGACAGCUCUGUGUGGGCAAUUCAGUAGCAGAUACUUUCUGAAGUGCGGUUUUCUGCCUGUCUGUUGUUAGGUUUUGAGGCAGGUACGUGAGAUUUCAACGCUGAAACCCUGCUUCACAGCAGCAUUUGAUCACUUUGGACAGAUCUCUUGUUCAGUGCUCUCAUUUUAGCAUGUUGAGAAUGCAUAGAGAGAUAUAAGAGUUCAUGUUCAUUAUUUUGCUGGUCUGUGUGCCGACUGGGCCACCAGGUUGUGCUGUUACUCAAGACAAAGAAUGGAUAAAAGAACAGUAAAAUAUGUAACACGGCAGUGCAAGUCUUGCUGUUCUGCCUCAGGACUGUCUGCAGCCUGCUCUGAGGAACCUAUGAAAGGAGUGUGUGGGUUCUCUUCUGCCUCUUCAGCCCCUGCUAGGUCAGCUGAGUCUUUUUUGCAAUAUGAGGGUAAAGCUGGUUAUGGAAAAUGACUUUGAAUGUGAAACUUCAUUUAUAGGGAACAAAACAAAAGGCAUUUUACAUGA